GUUCAUAUUCCAAAAGUUCACUCACACUGCUUACUUUCUCUUUUACGCCAUGGAAGACGGUGAUGAUGUAGUUGAUCAAUUUCCCGACGAUUUUCUAACGUUGUCUCUGCCAUUUUCAGAAGACAUUGUUAUUGAUGCCAAACCAAUUAGCUAUUAUCUUCCUCAUCAGUGGUCUUCUGUUAAUUUCUCUUCCAUAGACGGCGGCAGGGACGAUGCUAAUUCACCUUUCUUGUCUGUAAACACACAAAUUUCUGAAAAUCUGUCUCUGUUUUCCCAAGUUUCUGAAAACCUUUCGGACCUCACUUUGUCUCUGUUUCCAGAAGUUUCUGAAAAUUUGCUGCUUCAAAACCAAUUGGAAACAAUACUCCCCCUCCUCCUCCUCCUCCUCCGUCAUCCACUGAUUUGUCUUUCUCUACCGUCAGCAUCCUCGACUAUAACGACUCCACAAUGCUCCAUUAGUAGUCAAGAUUCUUCUGACUUUGCUUCAUCGAGCCGGGAGGCAAACGCAUCAGGUAAUUUCUCUCCCAAAAGAUUGUUGAUCCAGGAAUUGGAGGAAGAGAAAUUUGUUCCCUUAAGAAAAUCAAGGUUUAGUUUAAUGAAUAAUUUUGUAGGUGUCAGAAACAAAGCUUUCUAUUGA